CUUACCUUGGCGGGGGAGUCCUUCUCCCCCCAAUCCCCCACCCCCCCAGGAUGUUCUGGGGGGGACUUCUGGGAGAGGGGUCGCAGUCACAGAUCGGCCUCCCGUCAGGGUAUUGUUUGUUCUCGUGUGGUGUAGUUUACUAACCCCAGCUCCAAGAUGGACGCGAUCAAGAAGAAGAUGCAGGCGAUGAAGAUGGAGAAGGACACGGCGAUGGACAAGGCCGACACCUGUGAAGGUCAGGCCAAGGACGCCAACAUGAGAGCAGACAAAGUCCUGGAGGAUGUACGCGACCUCCAGAAGAAGUUGGCCCAGGUCGAAGCUGACCUCGAGAAGAACAAGCGCGAUCUCGAACAGGCCAACAAAGACCUUGAGGAGAAGGAGAAGGCCUUGACCAACGCCGAAAGCGAGGUAGCCGCACUGAACAGGAAGGUGCAGAUGGUUGAGGAAGAUCUGGAAAGGUCGGAGGAGAGGUCGGCCACUGCCACCCAGAAGCUGACCGAAGCCUCCCAGGCUGCCGACGAGUCCUUCCGUAUGUGCAAAGUAUUGGAGAACAGAUCCCAGCAGGAUGAGGAGAGGAUGGACCAGCUCACCAACCAACUGAAGGAAGCCAGGCUUCUUGCUGAGGACGCCGAUGGAAAAUCCGACGAAGUCGCAAGGAAACUGGCCUUCGUUGAAGAUGAGCUGGAAGUCGCUGAAGAUCGUGUCAAAUCUGGAGAUUCUAAGAUCAUGGAACUGGAGGAAGAACUUAAAGUCGUUGGAAACAGCUUGAAAUCUCUUGAAGUUUCUGAAGAGAAGGCGAACCAGAGAGUCGAAGAGUACAAGAGACAAAUCAAGCAGUUGUCUGUAAAACUGAAGGAGGCUGAGGCUCGCGCUGAAUUCGCUGAGAAGACAGUUAAGAAGCUGCAGAAGGAAGUCGACAGGCUUGAAGAUUUACUCCUCGCCGAAAAGGAAAAAGCCAAGCUGAUCACAGACGAUCUUGAUUCGACAUUCGCUGAGCUCACUGGAUACUAACAAUACCUAACACUGCCAAUAGCUUUACCGACAUUUUUUUUUUUUAGUUUAAGAGAAUCGAUUUUUUUUUUUUGAGUGUGUGUUGGCAUUUUAUUUUCGCUUUUUGUUUUUUGUUUAUUUAUCACAAAAAUUUCGACGAUGGAUUGGAAGAUCUGCUUGUACUCUGUCAGUUCCCUUAAGCAUCGGAGCUGAAUGCUUUUGCUUGAGACGAACUCGGCCUCAACAAAGAUCGCUACAAGAGCCUUGCCGACGAGAUGGACUCUACCUUCGCCGAACUGGCUGGAUACUAAGCCGGUUGCAGCAAACUACAUCGCUCCUAAUCGCUGCAUCUCUGGUCCCUCUCUUCAGAACACAACCGCUGUCCACUCCAGGAUCCUAAAAUUAUCUAACACGUUUGAUUGUUGUCUUUUUUUUGUUUUGAUGUUUUGUCCGCUGUUUAGGGGUUCGAUACGCUGUAUAAUAUCGCAAAACAACAUCGCUUCAAAAAAGAAAAAAAAAAUCAGCGAUACAGCUAUAUAACCUCUAAAACAGCACGUGUGAAAAUAACAUAAUGGGUUUGGUUUUUUGUGUGCGUGUGAAACAUAUGCCUCAGUAGUCUCAGACUAACACUGAGUGUUUCCACAACACAGAAAGCGACAUUGAUGUUAUUUAUGCUCCAACAAUUUCAAAAGUACAUACUGUAUUCAUUAGCCCUUAAAUAAAUUAUUUAUUAUAAUUUUAAGUUAGUAUAAUUUUAAUUAUAAUUUAAUUUAAGUAUAAUUUUAAGUUAAAUUAUAUAUUAUAAUUUUUGCUCCGGUUGCCGCAUUGCCUUGUUCAUUAUAUACGACACAUUCACAAGUAGGCCCGAAGUCAAUUACCAUCAUGGUAUAAUGAACGAGACGAUCACGUGACUUUGUAUCUCUGCCUUUAAGAUCUAUAUACUUAUCUAAGACUUUGUUGUAACUUGAUAUGAUAAGAUUUUUGAAUAUAUGGAAACAUAUUAUUAUGUAUUUAGGCGAACAAUAUCGCCGUUUUAAGAUCGCUGACAAGUAACCUCGGAUGGGACUUGAGAUGUACCGAUUGAGGUACAAUAACCCUUGACUAUUUGAUAUGUUUAUAUUAAGACGUCUCCGAUUGCCGCCUGCCCGAAGCUAACCUCGGGAAGAGUAGUUGUUUCCCCACUGGCAACUAUCUUCGUCUUGGUUAUCCUAGGGACGGGUCGCCAUCUAUGAUGAUUUCUUAUGAUAAAUGUCUAUCAUCGCAUAGAAUAUAUUAUGUAAUAUAAUAUUGAUGUUAUGAAAUAAAAACAGCAAAUUCUGUGCUUG